CAAUUGGCGGAAGGGGAAGUGGGGGGCAGGCGGCGGUGGGGAAGAUGGCGUACCAGAGCCUGCGGCUGGAGUACCUGCAGAUCCCACCGGUCAGCCGCGCCUACACUACCGCCUGUGUCCUCACCACCGCCGCCGUGCAGUUGGAACUGAUCACACCUUUUCAGUUGUACUUCAAUCCUGAGUUGAUUUUUAAGCAUUUUCAAAUAUGGAGGUUAAUCACCAAUUUCUUAUUCUUUGGGCCCGUUGGAUUCAACUUUUUAUUUAACAUGAUUUUUCUAUAUCGUUACUGUCGAAUGCUAGAAGAAGGCUCAUUCCGAGGCCGGACAGCAGACUUUGUAUUUAUGUUCCUUUUUGGUGGAUUCUUAAUGACUCUUUUUGGUUUGUUUGUGAGCUUAGUUUUCCUGGGCCAGGCCUUCACGAUAAUGCUGGUCUACGUGUGGAGCCGAAGGAACCCGUAUGUCCGCAUGAACUUCUUCGGCCUUCUCAACUUCCAGGCCCCCUUUCUGCCCUGGGUGCUCAUGGGGUUUUCCUUGUUGUUGGGGAACUCGAUCAUUGUGGACCUCUUGGGUAUUGCAGUUGGACACAUAUAUUUUUUCUUGGAAGAUGUGUUUCCCAAUCAGCCUGGUGGAAUAAGAAUUCUGAAAACACCAUCUAUUUUGAAGGCUAUUUUUGAUACACCAGAUGAGGAUCCAAAUUACAAUCCCCUACCUGAAGAGCGGCCAGGAGGCUUCGCCUGGGGUGAGGGUCAGCGCCUUGGAGGUUAAAGCAGUGCCAAUAACGACACCCAGCUGGGGAGAACUCAGUGAAUCACCCAUUGGGAUUCUUUUAUCCUUUGUUGCAGAAGUGUGGACACUUUUGACAGCUGUGACAGAUUUUAACUCCAGAAGCACUUUAUGAAAUGGUACACUGACUCAUGCAGAAGACAUUGCCAGCAGCCUGCCAGUGGUUCCUCACUGCGCUGGUACUGAAAGUGUAAUCUCUUGGAGCCAAAAACUGGAGAAACAAGUAUCCUGCAGCCUCUGUCAAGUACACGAGUGCUGAAGUUCUGUGGUGUAAGGCAGGGCUUUUGCUUCCUCCUCCUCUUUGGUAGACGAGGCCACGGUGUAAAUGGAAGUUUCAGAGAGGACAAAAUAAAACUGAAUUCCAUCUCUCUCUCACUGUAUUAAAGCUUUUGUGUGUGAUCUUUUAAAUUACGGCAGUGUAUUCUAGCUCUCGUGCCCAGAUCAGAGCUGAGAACAGUUUCCACGCCUGCUUUCCUGUGUCUGCACAGCUUUCGACUGGAUUUCAUUCGAAGAUUGGAAAAUACAUGGCUGUUACGCUGUGGCUGUGGCCAUCUUAUUCAGAGUGCUAACUUAAGUAGGGAGAAGAUGUACUUCUGUCAUCCAGAUAGUCUGUCCUCCACCUGGGUCUCUGUAAAACUCCAGGUUGUCAGUUGCUGAGGGUGAAGGUGUUGGGGCAGAACUCGGCUGUAGAGUCAGCAGCCAGCAGAGAGCUAAUAUGACAUCUUAUUUACUCUGCUCACGUUUCUCUACUAAACGACAUCGAGGGAAAGACCAGUAAUAGCCACAGAUUUGGAAAACUAAAGGAUUUUCGUUAGAUUCAGAACGCACGUUGGAAUGUUGACUUUGGAGCCAGAUGAACAGGUACCAGUUAGGCAGGCGUGUGUUCCGCCUGCAUCUUUGGCUGGUUAACAGUUGUCAUUUGUUUCGUGAGAAACUUUCCAGAGCCUAGUGCCAGGGUUUACCUUCCCAAUCAAGGGGAAAUUUUACAGGGUCUCUAAACGAGUAGCCACUUAAUGCCUGUGGGUCAGUAAACACUUGUCCAAAAUACUGGGUCUCCACAGGUUUCCAUUCACACUGCUUGAAGUAAUUCAGAACAUGGGAAAAUUAGAAGACCCCUAAGAAAAGACUUCAGAUACUUUCAUCAAAUGUAGGCACAGGACCUUUUCCCAAAACAGGAUUUUCACCGGUUGUUCCCUCUUGGUUAAGGAGUAGCUUUCUCUAGUGUGACGUUCUCAGAAGGAGUGAUACAGGUUUAGAUUGAGCGUACUAACCGUCCUAAAUGGGAAUGUUCAGAUUGUUUUUAUAGUGAGAAGCAUUUUAAAGUCUUUAGAUAUAAUUGGAAUUUGUGUAAGUAAUAGAAGUUAAUGUUUGCAUUUUACAUGUGACCAGUAAGUGACUUUGAACAUGAUGGUUGCAAUCUUAAGGAACUUAUGUUAUGAGACUGCUUUUUUUUUUUUCCUAAGUGGUUAAAAAGCUUUUUUUUUUUUUUUUUUGAAAUUUAAAUGCCAUUCUUAGAAUGUAUAAUCCUUAGGAUAUUAUUAAGUUUAAUCAUGUCUUGUUUUUGUUCAAGAAAGCUUUAUCAGUGAUUUUUAUUAGAAGUUUUAUUUUUGUUUAUUGUUUUUGGCCUCUAAAUGGAUUUCCUUAGCUUUAUUUGUUCUCUUCAAGUUAGCCAGUUAGUAGAAUUUUUGUGGUGAAAUUUUAAUCCUGAUAUCUAUUCACUGCUUAUUUAAAUAGGGAGUAUCUAUAUAUGUUAGUGACUGGAUUAAACAGGGAACACACUUUGAAUGUAUAACCUAAAGAUAGGCAGGCAUGGAAUUUUGAUUUCUCUGGUUUAAUAGGAUGUGUAUUCCUAGUGGCAAGGUGCCAUGCUACACUACAACACUGUGUCCUAGGCGGUGAGAAUUUCGAUCACUGGCCUCUUUCCCCAGUCCUGCUACCACCACCUCUGGCCCUGUGUUGUGUGAUGGGAUUCCUGUGCUUACCUGGACACAUGGAAGAGUCCUCGCGUCCCCAGCCUGAGUCUUCCAGAACACACUUCAUUCUCAUAACGCAAAUCAACUGAAAAGCGAAGUCUGAUAUGUGGAACUUUGUGACCAAGGAACUUUACAAGUAAUUUGAGGAAUUCCUGGAUUCUACCAGUAAUACUGAAAAGCACACCUUACUGAGGCAUUGUUUUUUGUUCUUCCAGGAUUAUACGUUCAUUGAAAAAUAAAUGGACGUGCAAAAUGCA